ACUCAAUCAGAUUCUCAAAUAUCAACCUCACAAUGUGCCUUUAAAACGAGAGCACCCCCUCCCUCCGGUGAACCACCCUCAACCCCUUAACAUCCACUUCACUCUCAGCUAGCAAUGGCCUCUUCCAACAAGCUCUCUGCUGCCCUUCUCAUCAUCUCAGUCCUUCUCUACUCUUCCACAUUCUCCAUUGCCUGCGGUACAUGCAAGCCUCACCCCAAGCCUACACCACCAACACCAGCAGCAACACCACCAGCUGCAGAAAAGUGCCCGAAAGACACGUUGAAGCUAGGAGUCUGUGCAGAUCUUCUAGGGCUUGUGAACCUCCAAAUCGGAAGUCCUCCAACGACUCCUUGCUGUUCAUUGCUUAAAGGCCUCACUGAUUUGGAGGCUGCGCUUUGUCUUUGCACUGCUCUCAAGGCCAAUGUGCUCGGUAUUAACUUAAAUGUGCCAAUCUCUUUGAGCGUGCUUGUUAGCGCCUGCCAGAAAUCUGUGCCUUCUGGUUUUCAAUGUGAAUAAGUACUUCCACAUUACAAAGCUAGCUUUCCGUUGGGGUAGCAUGCAGGACUAAAUUGCUAAUUGAUUGGUCUUUGUUGUGCAAGUUUAGGUAAUUAUUGGUGUGCUUGGUGUUAGUUGGGAAUUGUUUCUGAUUUGUCUUGCUUUGUUUUGUUCUAUCAUUUGUUAAUAAAUUAAUAUUAGUCAUGUAGGGCAGUGAUGGCAAGCCUGUUUGCCUUAUUCUUGUGUAAUGCUUGUUCUUCUACUUUAGUGAUCUGAAUAAUGCUUUAUCUGUUCUAAAUCUCUGUAAUUGACACAUAUAUGGUCAUUUCUUUCUUAUUUUUCUUUAAUUUGAAGAAAAACAAUAAGAACAAAAUGAAGUAAUCUGAUU